AUGGGUGGUCCAGGUGGGGGGAAAACAAAAUAUGCUGCUAAGGUACGGGAUACACUUGAAGACGAAGGUCUGAUUCAUUUAUGUAUGCCUGAUAUGAUUCGUGCAGCAAUUGAAAAAUAUAAAGAUCGUUAUCGGGACUGGAAAGAAGCAGCAGAAAAAUUUCAGAGAGGUGAACUGAUAGCAAACAACCUUGCCUUAGAUCUUAUUAAAGCAGAAAUGGGUAGGUAUCAGGAUGCAAAAGCAUUUCUUUUAGAGGGAUUUCCACGAGAGGCUAGACAAGUUGAAGAUUUUGAACGUGAGGUGCGACAAGUGGAUAUGGUAAUGAUUUUGGAUUAUGAUGAAGCUACGUUAAGAAAUCAUAUGGAAAGUCGUGGGAUUGAUCCGGAAGUCAUUGACCAAAAAAUCUGGAAUUUUAAAAUGAAAACUUUACCAAGUGCUAAAUAUUUUGAUGAACAGAAGCUAUUGCAUUUGGUAAAACAUUAUGAUAUCCCUGGAGAAGCUGAUGAUGUUACCAUAUGCAACCGUAUGAAGAAGUUGAUUAGACGAGCUAUAGAAAAUGGUAUACCACUUUCCCGAUCAGUUGUUUCCAGUCGCAGACAUUCAAUAUCAAAGUCAGUAGCUUCUCCGACACUUCUGGAGGCUGAAAUUGUCGCUCGUGAGACCGGCGUACCAGAUGCUGAAAUACAGUCACCUAAGAGUUUACCAAGAACACCUUCACCAGAAGAAGUGAAAACUUCAAAUAUUACCUCAACAUCUACAGUGAUACCAGCUGCAGCGAUCAGUGAAGACGCUGAUGAUGAAGAACAUAGCUUGGCAAGAGUAGUGGUGGUAGAAAAACAUUUGCAACCAGAGGCUGAAACAGAACUGAAACAGGAAUCAAAAGUCGAAUUAGAACAGGAACCUAACACAUCAUUAGAACUAGAAAAAGAGCCGAUAUUAUCUCCAAAACGAGAGACAAAAAUGGAGCCUCAGGAAGACCAAAGAUCUGUCGCUGCUGAAGAAGAAAAUGUUGUUGCAGAGGCCGAAGUGCAUGCAACCGAGCCAAAUACAAAUGCUUCUUUAAAUCUCGGUCAUUCUUCAGCGACACAAAACGCUAAUGAUAUUCUUAGCGAUGCCGACUUGGCUAAACCUGAUUCAAGACCAGAAACAUCAAGAUCGACAAAAUCAGUUGGGUCUGCCAAGCCUGACAAAUUACAGAAUCCAACGAGUCCUGAAGAACCAUUUGUGUCAAUUUCUGAAGAAACGAAAAAUACUUCAAAUGAGGUGAUUCCGGAGGAUAAGAAGACCACGGAGGUGCCUGUUACUUUAAAGACUUCCCCUGAACCAGUUAUAGGUACGCCAAACCUGAAGAAUCUGCAACCAUUUGAAAGUGUUGAUGCUCCUGCAAGCGACGAACCAGAAUCUGUGAUUUUUGUUAUCGGCCCUCCUGGAGCAAACAAGGCAGAGAUAGCGAGAAGGAUAUCAAUAAAGUUUGAGGGUUUUGACGUUUACAAUAUGGGAGCAUUAUUGAGGCAAAAGGUAGAGCGUAAUGAAAGAGAUGAACUUUGGCGAAUGGUUGGAGAAAAGAUGGACAAGGGAGAAAUGAUACCUGAUGAGAUUUGUCGUGAAGUAUUGUAUAAGAAAAUGCAGGAUGACGUUAGCAGUUGGGGGUAUGUUGUAUCUGGCUAUCCAAGAACAGAGGAGCAGGCUAAAGACUUUGAGAGACAGUUUAAAAGAAUAGAUUUGGCGUUGCUUAUUGACUGUACAGAGCAAUUUUGUAAAGAUGCGCUAAAAAAACGGUUUACCACCGCUGCUCCUGAAGACCGACGGCCUGAAUGUCACCUCAUUGCAGACGACGCUGAUGCAAGUGUCGAAACUCGUCUGGCAAAUUUCAAACAGUACACUUUACCAAUGUUGAAACUUCUGGACACCCAGGGGAAACUGCGAGUGGUAUGUGUUAUUUUUGUUAAGGUUACUUAUAAAAUUAUUCAUGACAGAGAGUACAGAAGGUCUUACUUGGUUGACGGCGAUGCUGACAUUGACAAAAUCUUUUACGAAGUUGCCUCGUUGAUAGAAAGCACUGUUUUCAGUGAGGAGCUACAGAAAUAUUUCUCAAAUCUCAAUGCAAAAACCACUGCAGAACAAGCUCGCUCAGACAAUGACAAGAGAAAUAGGGUUAACGAAAGAGUUUCUGCCGUUGCCGGCCAAGUAUCAACGCCAACAGCAAACGGCAAAGAAGCAGCUCCUACAGGCAAUAAAACUUUGCCAUCUAAAGAACCGCCAGAAACUGAUACUGUUCCGAAAGAAGCAAAUGGACCAAUUGAUCCGAGGCUGAAAGGUCCACCUGGAAGCAGUAAAACAGAACUUUCUCGCCGCACAACGAUAAAAUAUGCUGGAUAUAAAUGGUACAGUAUGGGAGGACUUUUAAGGGCAAAAAUCGAGACAAAUGCUGGUGAUGAAUUAUGGGAAAAAGUUAGGCAGUUUAUGGACGAAGGGAAAUUGAUAAUUGAUAUACGAGGCUUGGAAGACUAUAAAGAGAUUUGUCGGGAAGUUUUGUACCCUGAAAUCUAUGCAACAGAUAAGGACUGUCAAGGCUUUGUUUUCGAAGGAUAUCCUCGAACAUUAGAACAAGCAAUUGAUUUUGAAAAGCAGUUUGAACGAGUGGACCUGGCUCUCCUAAUUGACUGCACCGAAGAAUUUUGUCAGAAAAGUAUUGAGAAAAGGUUCAAAGCUGCAGAUGAGAAGGCAAGACGUAAAGAUGAUGCUCCAGAAAUUGUCACAAAUCGUCUUUCGCUAUUCAAACAAAGCACACUGCCGAUGGUGAAGCAUUUUGAUGAAAAAGGGAAACUUCGCGUUGUUGAUGGAGAUGCCGAUCUUGACAAAAUCUUUUAUGAAAUAUCGUCUAUUAUUGAUUCACUGUCAUCUUCGUCAUAG